AUGAUAUUUCAGGAACCAAUGAUACUAUUUGUUUCAAUCGCUGUAAUUUUAUUCCAUUCAGUCUCAUGCAUGUUUGAUCCUGGUUUGAUCAAGUAUUAUCAAAAAUCAACUUUGCCAAAGUAUUGUGUUGGCGCAACUGGAACGUUAAUUUGCGAUGAUAAACCGUCUCGUAACACAAAUGUAGAAUUGUGGGACGAAGGUGCUGUCUUGUGA